AUGGAUGAAACCAAAGAUACCGGUAGUACAUCAAGAAAGGUGGUCUCCGAUACUGGAUCACAAAACUCAGUGGCUCAUGUAGGUCGUGAGAAUUUGGCUGAUGCACUUCCACCUCAUGAAUUGUAUGAAGGAAGUCAUCGAUAUGAUCCAGCUGCUACAUGGACGGAGGCAGAAGAGAGGAAGGUGGUUCGAAAGACCGAUCUUUAUCUGUUAGUGUGGAUUUGUGUUAUGUUCUUUGGAUUGCAACUCGAUAGAGGAAAUUUGUCCAACGCUUUGGCGGAUGAUCUUCUGAAGGAUUUGAAGCUUACCAGCGAUGACUAUAACAACGGAAAUACCAUUCAGUUGAUGUGCUUCUUGGCAGCAGAAUUCCCAGUGCAGUUCUUGACUAAGCGUUAUGGAUUCAAAUAUAUCCUCCCUAUCAUGAUGAUGCUAUGGGGUACUGUUUCUUGGACUCAAGCCUGGAUGACAAACCGCACAUCCUUCUACAUCACUCGUGCCCUCAUUGGACUUUGUGAAGGUGGCUUUAUUCCUGGUACUAUCCUCUUCGCGACCUACUUCUACAAGUCAAAGGAGCUUUCCGUUCGUCUUGCUUGCUUUUGGUCCACACUCAAUAUUGCUAGAGUCAUUUCCGCUUUACUUGCUGCUGGAAUCCUCACCAUGAGAGGAGUUGGUGGUAAGCCAGGAUGGUUUUAUUUAUUCCUGAUUGAAGGCCUGUUUACCUUUUUGAUUGGCGCUAUCAGUAUCUUGUAUCUUCCUCAAUCCCCAACGAAAACUACCGGGGUCAUUUUCCGAAAGUCUUGGUAUACUGAGCGAGAGGAAGUAAUCAUGGUGAAUCGAAUUCUCCGUGAUGAUCCAGCAAAAGGACUUACAUCCUUAAAAGAACCAGCCACCUUCAAGGAUAUCCGUGAAGCAUGGAGUGAUACCUCCAUGUGGGGUCUUUAUUUCAUUGGUUUGGUAGCAUAUAUUCCCGCGACACCCAUUCAAGCGUAUAUUACGCUCACAUUGAAGCGCUUGGGUUAUAGUACCUUUGACUCUAACAUGUUGACCAUUCCAUCCGCUGUUUUGCAAAUAAUCACUAUGCUUGCACUGGCAUAUAGUAGUGAUUUCUUUGAUGAACGUACAUUCCAUUGUGUUUUUGGAGAAUUCUGGAUACUGCCAUUACUUACGGCACUUUUGACAAUUCCUGAUGGUGGAAGGGAAUGGAGUAGAUGGUCUUUGGUAACACUGGUCUCUGGAUAUCCCUAUUUCCAUCCAAUCGUUUCUGCUUGGAUUUCGGAAAACACAUUCGACGUCAAAAAGCGUGCAAUUACUGCGGCAACAUAUAACGUUAUCGUUCAAAUUGGAUCCACGAUCGGUUCUCAAAUUUAUCGCUCAUAUGAUGCACCAUACUACAAACAGGGAAAUAAGGUACUCAUCUCCAUCUGUGUAUUGUCACUUCUGGCAUUUGUAGGACAGAGGCAGUACUUGAUCUUAUUGAACAAGAGAAAGGAGAAGAUUUGGGAUCAAAUGACGGCUGAGGAAAAGGUUGCAUACCAAAAUGACAGUGUAGCAAGAGAGAAGGAUGGUAACAAGAGAUUUGAUUUUAGAUUCAAGUAUUGA